CCGCAUCUGCCACCGCAGUCUGGCUGUCGUUGUGCGGUCUGGUGUACCCUGGGCGAGGCCUGUAGACACCGGGAGGGGGCUAGGCCGGCUCCCCUGCUCGAGCUACCGUUUGUGCACAGAGGCGGCGACCCCGGGCCCGGGGCGAGAAGAACAGCCACCGGCCGGCAGCAGCGCAGAGACGCCCAGUGCGCCCUAUGCUCCCGCGCCCCCACCGCCCCCGCCGCGGCAGCCCGAGCGCACCGAGACAACGCGCCACCGCGGGGCCUGGGUGCAGCUAGCGACCCUUGCCCCCAUCGCGCAGCCCGAGGUGAGCAGUGAGCGGCGAGCGGGACGGCAGCGAGGCGUUCGCGGGCCCCCUCCUGCUGCCCGGGCCCGGCCCGCUCAUGGCGGCCAUCCGCAAGAAGCUGGUGGUGGUGGGCGACGGCGCGUGCGGCAAGACGUGCCUGCUGAUCGUGUUCAGUAAGGACGAGUUCCCCGAGGUGUACGUGCCUACCGUCUUUGAGAACUAUGUGGCCGACAUCGAGGUGGACGGCAAGCAAGUGGAGCUGGCGCUGUGGGAUACGGCGGGCCAGGAGGACUACGACCGCCUGCGGCCGCUCUCCUACCCGGACACCGACGUGAUCCUCAUGUGCUUCUCGGUGGACAGCCCGGAUUCGCUGGAGAACAUCCCCGAGAAGUGGGUGCCCGAGGUGAAGCACUUCUGCCCUAACGUGCCCAUCAUCCUGGUGGCCAACAAGAAAGACCUGCGCAGCGACGAGCACGUCCGCACAGAGCUCGCCCGCAUGAAGCAGGAACCCGUGCGCACAGAUGACGGCCGCGCCAUGGCCGUGCGCAUCCAAGCCUACGACUACCUCGAGUGCUCGGCUAAGACCAAGGAGGGCGUGCGCGAGGUCUUCGAGACGGCCACGCGCGCCGCGCUGCAGAAGCGCUACGGCUCCCAGAACGGCUGCAUCAACUGCUGCAAGGUGCUAUGAGGGCCGCGGACCUCCGCCUGCCCCUGCCGGCGCGGCUCCCUCUCCCGGACCCGCCCCCCACGAGCCCGGAGAAAGGGAGGCCCGCGCCCCCAAGGACCCCACCGGACCGCCUGGCGUCUGCCUUCCUGCUUGGCCGCCGUGGCCUGGCGGCUCUGGCUCUGGCGCCGGGAAUCGGCGUGGGAGGCACCGGGCGCCCCCUUUCCAGUGUCUGUGUGCGUCCGGCUGUGUGGCACAGGCCUGGGCGCCCCGUUGCGUGCCAAGGGUCCCCUGAACACCCUUUUCUGAAGAGCCAAGCCUCUUCAGAGUGUGUGGCUGUGUGUAUGUUCGACUCCCCCCGCCGCGUUUUCACCCCACCCCCGCCUCUGGUCCCCGGAGAGGAGCUUGGCGCCGGGGUGCGGCCGCGCCCCAUCAGAUGUUCGCCCGUACCAGCGAGCGCCUGCUCUCCCUUGUCUGUAACAUAGACCACGGGAACUGCGGGAGGGGAGGGCUGGGGAGGAUGGGAUGUUAUAUAAAUAAAGAUAUAAUUUUAUUUUCGGAGGUAGGAUGGUGUUAUUUAAUGGUGGUGGUGGGUGGGGUGACAGGGCGCUGGAACAGCUCCGGCCCAGCCUGGGUCAGGCGCCCAUCCAAGCAUGAACAGGACUUGGCCAUUUUUCCAACCCCUGGGGAAGACAUUUGCAGCUGACUUGGGGCUGAGAGGACACAGCUUCCGGACUCUUCUCUUGCGCCCCGGCGAACCCCUCACGAGCCACCGGCAGAAGGAGGGAGAGUGUGCUGCGGGUUGAUUUUGCCAUAAGCGAACUUUGUGCCUGUCCUACGAAGUGAAAUUGUUCAGUCCAAGAAAAUGAUGUUAUUUGAUUUAUUUAAAGGCUAAAACUUGUUUAUUUUGGAAAGGAUUCUUUGCACAAUUGUUUCAUUGUUUGACACUUAAUGCACUUGUCAUUUACAUAAGACAGUAGCAUUCUGACCACACUUGUACGCUGUAACCUCAUCUACUUCUGAUGUUUUUUAAAAAAAAAUAAUGACUUUUAAAAAACAAGGAGAAAAGGAAACCACUAAUUUUUGUUUUGUUUUCUUGAAGAAAGUGGCAACACUGUUUUUCGAUUUUAUUUGUGCAGGUAUGCGCACUAUUUUGAUAAAGGGCAGUAACAAGUAUUGGGGCCUAUUUAAAACCUUUUUUCUUUUCUUUCCUUUUUUUUUUUUUUUUUACAAGGCAGUCUCUAGAGCUCUGUGAAAUUUUCUCUGCAUCUUUACAGAGAGUGAACCUAGGCUCUCCUUUCUCCUCCUCCCUUCCCCACCUCGUGGUACUUCUACUAAAUUGUUGUCUUGUUUUUUAUUUUUUAAAUAAACUGACAAAUGACAAAGUGGUGAGCUUAUGAUGUUUACAUAAAAGUUCUAUAAGCUGUGUAUACAGUUUUUUAUGUAAAAUAUUAAAAGACUAUGAUGAUGACAUUUA